GUUGAUAUGAUACGAAGGACCUGCAACUAUGCAGUGUGUGCUACAUGAAAGUGUACUUGUUUCGCCUGAUGAUAUCACAUGGAAGCUGAGUAACGGAGACGUACUGGACCCAGAGGGCCUACCUGACAACUUCAAACUCAGUGAAGAUAGACUUACCCUUACCGUUGAUCCAGUGUACAAACACGAUGAUAACGACUACAAAACAGAAAUAGUGUUUAACGGUGUGGUAGGAGAAUGUACGUUCGACAUGGUGGUUAUUCCAGUACCUGCAAUUGAUUACAUUGAUAUUGAUGGAGAGUCUCCUAGGGUCGUUAUAAAGGGAGAGUGUCAGACUAUGUCGGUUAGAAUAUUGAGUGAUGAUGAGUUUGAAGCUGAAAACUUCAACUGGUUUAUGGGACCUGCUGAUAAACCAGUAGACUUCGAGGGUGGAAAGUUUACACUACAAGAUGGUGGAAAAACUCUCAAGGUAUGUGAUGCAGACAAUGAGGAAGAGGGGAUAUACAAAGCGUGUGUAACUAAAGAGGAGGUGACAGAUUGUGUUGAUAUAGAACUAAAGGUCAUCGCUGUCUGUUACACUGAUGUGGGGGAUUAUGAGGAGACGGAGUCGUGGGAUGAAGGAGAGUUUGAAUUGUGCACGUGUAAUACAGCGGGAGAGAUAGAGUGUGAGUGUAAGGAACAAGGAGUCACGUGUGAGGAGGGCGAGGAGUUGUACACUGAUGGGAACUGUCAGGAACUGUGCGCUAAAGGCGGGGAACCUUUUCUUUAUUUCAAAAUUCAAAUAAAUUUUACAUUAAUGCAUUACAGUUGCAUUUACAAAAAUCAAAAUAUCUAAUAUGAGGCAA